GCUUACACAGUGCAACCAACCAAUUACUAAGGAUUAAUUCAAUAUCUUCGGCUUUUACAGGAAUUACAGAGAAUCACUAAUUUUAUAUCGAAAUGAAAUAUCAAGUAGUUUUGUUGUUUGCUUGCUUUGCCGCUGUCUGCUUGGCUGCGCCACGUCCCGAUGAAACUGAUGAGAAGGCAGAGACACUGCGCCUGGAAGCCGAGAAUAAUGGCGUCGAUAAAUACUCCUUUGCCUACGAUACCAGCAACGGUAUUUCACGCACCGAAGAAGGCGAACUCAAGACCAUCGACGAUAAUGCGGCCAUCGUUGUCCAUGGCUCUACUUCUUGGACGGCACCGGACGGCAAGAAAUUCGAACUUGUUUUCACAGCCGAUGAACUCGGCUACCAUCCCUCAAUUAAACUAGUCAGCUAAAUUAUAACCCUAAGUUACUUAGCUUUACUGUGCAAAUUUCGCCGCCGGAACUGUGUUUAAAUUGUACCUAGUAAAUAUAUUCAAAUAUGAAUAAAUAUCAAAUUGCAUGCAUAUAUGAAAAUAUAAA